CAACCUACAAUGGCUAUCACAAUGCCAAUGUCGAUGGCUAUCGAGGAAAACGACUCGAACGUUGAGUACCCACCGGGAUUCCGCUUCUACCCGACUGAGGAAGAGCUCAUUUCCUUUUAUCUUCGACACCAACUCAAUGGUCAGCUACUCGAAAAGCACCGUGUCAUUCCUCUUCUUAAUAUCUACGAUUCUGAGCCCUGGGAUCUUCCAAAGUUUGCCGGCGAGCUCUGUAAAGGGGACAGCGAGCAAUGGUUCUUCUUUGUGGCACGGCAAGAGAGGGAGGCUCGCGGUGGUCGGCCGAGUAGAACCACCGCCACUGGCUACUGGAAGGCUACCGGCUCUCCGGUCUACGUGUACUCCGCCGCCAACAAAAUAAUUGGAUUGAAGAAGACGAUGGUGUUCUACAAGGGCAGAGCACCGACCGGAACCAAAACCAAGUGGAAGAUGAACGAAUACAGAGCAAUCGAUGAUUCCACUAAGUUGAGAUACGAAUUCAGUUUGUGCCGAGUUUAUGUGAUUUCGGGAUGUUUUCGAGCCUUCGAUCGGCGGCCAAUGGAAGUCAUCGGCGAUGGUCGGAACAACGCCGAUCAGAAACAGAAGGCGGAAGCGAUAACGUCGGCGAUUUCAUGUUCGGCGCCGGCGACUGGUUUCUGCGGCGUAAGUGGCGGUAGUUCGGGAAUGGUUGAAGACGAAGAGAUUGAAGAGGCGAAUUGGGAAUGGGAUCAAAUAGAUUGGCCCUAGAAAUAGAAUCCUAAAAUUAAAAGAUUCUUUUUAGAAUAUUUCAGAAAUUUGGGGGAGCUUUUUCAAAUAAACAAAAAUUGGAGGACCUGUAGGGAUAUUUUUGAUAAAUCAAUUUCAAUAUAUAUAUAUAUAUUUUUUUGAAGUUUAUUUGUUUAUGUUAUAAU